GUUAUAUGUUUCCGAGAGUAUGCAAACUGGCAAGAAUUGACAGUUUUCUUCUAUUUUGUAGUAAUAGUUUUGUGCUUUAGCACACUUUCUUAAACCACAGAAUACCCUCUGGAUAAGAAUGUUUUCAAAGAAGUACCUAAAAUAUGAGCAUUUAAAUAACUGUAGAGGGUAUAGAAACAUUUUUGCCAGUGUGGUUGAUUGAGCUUUCAUAGACUGCUCAAAAUUGAACAGUAAUUUUAACAAUAGUGAAGAAAUUUAGGGAAUGGGGAAUCUCUUUGGAUGUACUUAAAGAAUAAUUGGUUUUCCUUGUACUUUGUCUUCCUAAUAUUGCUUUGAUAGUGAAUUAACAUUACAGAGUUCAGUGAAACCUUGUCUUUGUCCUAGGUUCAUAGAAAGUUUAACUGUUACUGGAUCAUGCUAGAUACCAAAAAGGAAACUUAGUGUUCUUUCUCUUAACCAGUUAUUCUUAGCUGUUUGAUGUACGGCACCUAGAGGCCUUGAACUAGGAUUCCCCAGGCUGUAUUCUACCUACAGAAUCUGUCAGGUGAAGGUAUAUAUAUAUUUUUUAAUUUGGCUAGAAGCAAUUUAUUUUUAAAGAAAGUAUGUCUCCUCUGAAGAUACAUGGUCCUAUCAGAAUUCGAAGUAUGCAGACUGGGAUUACAAAAUGGAAAGAAGGAUCCUUUGAAGUUGUGGAAAAAGAGAAUAAAGUCAGCCUAGUAGUUCACUACAAUACUGGAGGAAUUCCAAGGAUAUUUCAGCUAAGUCAUAACAUUAAAAAUGUGGUGCUUCGACCCAGUGGAGCAAAACAAAGCCGCCUAAUGUUAACUCUACAAGAUAACAGCUUCUUGUCUAUUGAUAAAGUACCAAGUAAGGAUGCAGAGGAAAUGAGGUUGUUUCUAGAUGCAGUUCAUCAAAACAGACUUAAUGCAGCCAUGAAACCUUCUCAGGGUUCUGGUAGUUUUGGAGCUAUUCUGGGCAGCAGGACCUCACAGAAGGAAACCAACAGGCAGCUCUCUUACUCAGACAAUCAGGUCUCUUCAAAAAGAGGAAGUUUGGAAACUAAAGAUGAUAUUCCAUUUCGAAAAGUUCUUGGUAAUCCAGGUAGAGGAUCGAUUAAGGCCGCAGCAGGAAGUGGAGUAACUGCUACCCGGACAGUUCCCUCUUUGACAUCUACAUCCACACCUCUUAGAUCAGGGUUAUUAGAAAAUAGGACUGAAAAGAGGAAAAGAAUGCUAUCAUCUGGCUCAGAGCUGAAUGAAGAUUACCCUAAAGAAAAUGAUUCAUCGUCGAACAACAAGGCUAUGACAGAUCCCUCAAGAAAGUAUUUAACCAGCAGUAGAGAGAAGCAGCUGAGUUUGAAACAGUCAGAAGAGAAUAGGACAUCAGGGCUUUUACCUUUGCAGUCAUCAUCUUUUUAUGGUAGCAGAGCUGCAUCCAAGGACUACUCUCCUGGCAGCACUAACCUAGACAGGACUAAUAUUACAAGCCAAACUCCCUCUGCCAAAAGAAGUUUGGGAUUUCUUCCUCAGCCAGCUCCUCUUUCUGUUAAAAAACUGAGGUGUAACCAGGAUUACACCGGCUGGAACAAACCAAGAGUGCCCCUUUCCUCUCACCAACAGCAGCAACUGCAGGGCUUCUCCAAUUUGGGAAAUACCUGCUAUAUGAAUGCUAUUUUACAGUCUCUGUUUUCACUCCAAUCAUUUGCAAAUGACUUGCUCAAGCAAGGUAUCCCAUGGAAGAAAAUUCCACUCAACGCACUCAUCAGGCGCUUUGCACACUUGCUUGUUAAAAAAGAUAUCUGUAAUUCAGAGACGAAAAAAGAUUUACUCAAGAAGGUUAAAAAUGCCAUUUCAGCUACAGCAGAGAGAUUCUCUGGUUAUAUGCAGAAUGAUGCUCAUGAAUUUUUAAGUCAGUGCUUAGACCAGCUGAAAGAGGAUAUGGAAAAAUUAAAUAAAACCUGGAAGACUGAACCUGUUCCUGGAGAAGAAAAUUCACCAGAUAUUUCAGCUACUAGAGUAUACACUUGCCCUGUUAUUAGUAAUUUGGAGUUUGAAGUUCAGCACUCCAUCAUCUGUAAAGCAUGUGGAGAGAUUAUUCCCAAAAGAGAACAGUUUAAUGACCUCUCCAUUGACCUUCCUCGAAGGAAAAAGCCACUCCCUCCUCGUUCAAUUCAAGAUUCCCUUGAUCUUUUCUUUAGGGCAGAAGAACUUGAGUAUUCCUGUGAGAAGUGUGGUGGGAAAUGUGCUCUUGUCAGGCACAAAUUUAACAGGCUACCCAGGAUCCUCAUUCUUCAUUUGAAACGAUAUAGCUUCAAUGUUGCUCUCUCACUUAACAACAAGAUUGGGCAGCAAGUCAUCAUUCCAAGAUACCUGACCCUCUCAUCUCAUUGCACUGAAAAUACAAAACCACCCUUCAACCUUGGUUGGAGUGCACAAAUGGCAAUUUCUAGACCAUUGAAAGCCUCUCAAAUGGUGAAUUCCUGCAUCACCAGCCCUUCUACACCUUCAAAGAAUUUCACCUUCAAAUCCAAGAACUCCUUGGCUUUAUGCCUUGAUUCAGACAGUGAAGAUGAGCUUAAACGCUCUGUGGCCCUUAGCCAGAGACUUUGUGAAAUGUCAGGCAGUGAACAGCAGCAGGAAGACCUGGAAAAGGAUUCAAAAUCUUGCAGACUAGAACCUGGUAAGUCUGAAUUGGAAAACUCAGGAUUUGACGGAAUGAGUGAAGAAGAGCUUCUAGCAGCUGUUUUAGAGAUAAGUAAAAGAGAAGCUUCACCACCUCUCAGUCAUGAAGAUGAUGAUAAACCAACCAGCAGCCCUGAUACCGGAUUUGCAGAAGAUGAUAUUCAAGAAAUGUCUGAAAAUCCAGACCCUGUGGAAACUGAGAAGCCAAAAACAGUCACAGAGCCCGAUCCUGCCAGUUUUACCGAGAUAACUAAAGACUGUGAUGAGAAUAAAGAAAACAAAACUCCAGAAGGAACUCAAGGAGAGGUUGAUUGGCUCCAGCAGUAUGAUAUGGAGCGUGAAAGGGAGGAACAAGAGCUUCAGCAGGCAUUGGCUCAGAGCCUUCAAGAGCAAGAGGCUUGGGAACAGAAAGAAGAUGAUGACCUCAAAAGAGCUACGGAGUUAAGUCUUCAAGAGUUUAACAACUCUUUUCUGGAUUCAGUGGGCUCUGAUGAGGACUCUGGAAAUGAGGAUGUUUUAGAUAUGGAGUAUACAGAAGCUGAAGCUGAGGAACUGAAAAGAAAUGCUGAGACAGGAAAUCUUCCUCAUUCCUAUCGGCUCAUCAGUGUUGUCAGUCACAUUGGUAGCACUUCUUCUUCAGGUCAUUACAUUAGUGAUGUGUACGACAUUAAGAAGCAGGCUUGGUUUACUUAUAAUGACCUAGAGGUAUCUAAAAUCCAAGAGGCUUCUGUGCAGAGUGAUCGAGAUCGAAGUGGUUACAUCUUCUUUUAUAUGCACAAGGAGAUCUUUGAUGAGCUGCUGGAAACAGAAAAGACCUCUCAGGCACUUAGCAUGGAAGUGGGAAAGACCACUCGUCAGGCUUCAUGAGGAACAAACUCCUGGGUUGGCAGUGUGCACUGCAUAUUCUCUCUUACUGCCACCCACUUCUCUUUCCUCUGCCCGAGGAGAAUUUAGAACUCUACUUGAUGCGGGAGCAACAAACAGCUCAGGGCCAAACCAAAAGACGAAAAUUGCAAUUCUGCAGAACGCUCCAUAUUAAUUGUUUUAUGGAAACUUUGGUCUCACAUCUGUAGCUUAUUAUCCUUUUUUUCUCCUACAAGAGUGGCACUUCCUUUUGUCUUAGGAAUACAUGUUGUAAAUAUAUAUAUAUGUACAUACACACACACACAUAUAUGUGGAAUGAAUGGAGCCUUAAAGAGUUAGGAUAGCCCACCAGAGUAUGCCUGCUCAGAAUUAAUAGCACAGCAGUUUGGAAACUAAAUGAAGUUGUCAAAGAGUCCAUUCACCUGAAAAAUGUGUGAAGAUAUACAUAUCAUUUGGCAUUUAGCUUUUAUGUUCCUUGAGUAGUUUCACUCACGUUUGUAAUCUUUCAUGUGUGUUUCCUAUUAGUAAAGUUCACUGGAAAGCCAGCUCUCCAUGUUACACUAAUGACAGUUUGUCCUCCUGACAAAGGAGGGACAUUUCUGCCACCUGACUUGAGGAGCUUUUUUAAAAAAAUUAUUUCAUGGAUUCGUAAUGCUUUUGCUGUUUACAUGCAGUCCCAAGAAAUGGAUUGUUGGUGCUUUGGAAUGUGUUAUGUUCCCACAUUUGGUAUUCAUUGUACACUUUGUAUUUUCUUUAAAGAGAUUCCUUCACACAGUAUUUUCAUUGUAUAUCAUCUAUAUUAUUACCAUGGUGAAGAUAGAAUCUUUUAUUUUUCUUCUGUGUCAUUCUUCCAUGGAGCAAGCAUUACCCUAACAGACUGCAGCCAAAACUUUAAGAGGUAGGAAAGUGAUGUUGUCCCAAUUGGGACUCCCCUACAAGAUUACCUAGAGAAUAUGAAGAAUGCUAGCAUCUCUGUCUCCCAUACAUAGUGAGGUCAGGAGGAGUAUUCUUGUGUUAAAGCUGAAACUCUGGACCACUAAAGCUGAAAGCCCUGCUUCAAGGGUGAAAUUAAGCACAUGAGCUAUAGGAUAAAGCUUAAACAUAUAACCAUUUGCUGUCUGGCUUUGCCCUUAAAACAGGAUGAGAAUUAAAAUAUCAUUGGUUUAAGUAAUUCCAAGAACUAACAAAUAACAAAGGUGCAUAAUUACUUUUUAGGUGCUUUGAGUUGAGGUUAAAUGGGCUCAACAUUAAGUGCUAUGUUAGUCACUCAGCUGACAUAACCAGCUUGGUUAAGCAGCUUGUGAAACCAUAUAAAGAAUGAGUUUGAGAGUAGAAUUUUGUUCCUAAAAUAAUUUUGUGAGCCCUGGAAUCAUUAGGAUCACACAGAGUUAAGUAUAGCAAAAUGAAACCUUCAACAUUUUCUUUCAUUUUUAAGUCCAACAUCACAGAAGAUGUAACAUUUUUUCUGGAAGGUUGCCUUAAGAGAGCUCCAGCCCUACUCUUGAAACUUGGAUGUGUUCUGACAUAGUAACCUAUUCUAAAAUAUUGAAUCUUUGAAUUGUAAAUGGCCCUAGCACUUUUGCUUAACUACUGAUAAAAGCUUUGUCUCCUACCAUUUACCUACCUGUUAAGGUAGUGAACCUUCCAAAGUGGUACGGUGGUAGGAUAUGCAGGAGUAGUAUAGAGCAGAGGAAAAUACUUGUUUAAAAAACUAGCUUUAAAAUUUUUGUUUAUUUCCACUGGGGAGCCAUUUUAUUUUUUUCAUGGAAAUAACUGGUUUUCUCAUAUGUGAGUGAAGUGAUAAUCAAAUUCUUUAGCUGUUUAUUACUUCUCUGUGUCUGUAUUUGAGAGCUUUUGAGAGAUGCUGUUAAAAAUGAUUGGGAUGAUUUGACAUGAGUGGGUGCAUUUAGGGCAUUUAAACAAAUAGAUGUAAUGCCAUAAACCUAGGUUGCCCAUGAAGUACCCUCGUUUGACUUGCUUUUCAUAGCUUGUGUGUGUGUAUGGUUUACAAGUACACUUGGCUUGAACCUAAUUUGAUUUGCUCUUCAUGUCUUAGGCAGGAAUUAUUAGUUGAAAAAAGUAGAUGAAUUAUGUCACUGCUCAUAUACUUGCAAGUUUGGGACUUGAAAUUUCCUUGAUGUCUGUCCAUUGUUUUGGCCUGGUCAGCCUUCCUCUCUCCCUUCACUCCUUCAACUAUUACCCCUUUCACUACAGAGUUACUUUCUCAUUUUGGUUCAGUGAAGGAUUAAUGACUAUACAUGGAGAGUUCAGCUGGACCAUGUUGAUGGAGUUUGUUGUUUUUUUCAGCUGACUGUAUAUAUUUAAAAAUUACAAGUAGAUAAUAUUUUUUGUGCAGUUUGCUCAGAAUUGGGGAAUGGGGCAUUUGGCAUGUUGGUGCCUGAAAGGGACAAGUUAGAUAGGGACAGAGAGCUUCAGUUCCAGGCAGCUUGCACAAUAACUAAUAUUCCUAUUGAAAAUACCAAAUAUGUUACUUUAAAUGACUUUGAAUUGGAACUUGACAGUUCUUAGUUCUACACACAACUGAUCUUAAUUGGAAUUUUUUGGAAGGGAAAGCUAAACUAAAACUUGUUGAUUAUUAUCACCUAAUAUUAUUACAGAGGAUUGGAAAGUUGCAUGUGCCAGGUGCUGCUAUCACUUUAGAAGCCCUGACUAUAAUUUAGGCCUAUAAGGAGAUAGAUUCUGUUUUGUAGGGAAUAUAUUUAUGUGUACAGACUCAGAAGUUCUGUUUCAGCAGGAUAGAAUAAGAAGCAAGUCCAUGAAUUAUUCUUCUAUUUAUAUUUUGAUUCCAAGAGCUACUUGUUUACUUGCCAUGGUCUGUUAAUUUCAGGCCUAACUUAAUGGCUCAAUAACAAAUGUAAAUGUGUUUACAUUUUAAGAAGUAUGCAGUGAUACUUAAAGAUCAGUUUAUUAACUCUGGGAGGCAAAUACUAGACUAGAUAUUUCUUUAUUUCUCUCCUUGAUCAAGUGUAAAAUUCUUCUAAAAGAGAAACUUUAAGAAUUAAAACGUCAGCAAGUGAAUUCAUGAAUUUACCUAUUCUUCCAUAUUGCAGUUACCAUUAUGUAACUCUAUAAAUAUAGCUCUACACAUGUAUAGCUAGUUGUAUAAUGAAAAUUAUUCGGAAACACCUAAAUUAAAGAGAUUCUUGGCAGUAUCUCGUAUGUAGUGGAGCAUUCUGAGUGUAGAGAGAGCAUGGGCGUUGAAAACAUACAGGAGAAAAAGGUAGUUUGUAAACUCAUUUGUGAUCUACUGAACAGAGAUAAUAUUAAAACAAAUAAAAAUAUUACCCUUUUUCCUCUUUCUUCUCUGUCUAAAUCGACUACAGUGGAUGCUCUUGGUCAUCCAGCCAUUUUUGCCCUUUUGUUUCAAAUCAGGGAAACAGAGCUGGAUCUCCAAGUACGUGUGGAUCUUGUGUAUACCUGGAGAUUUUUAGAAAAAUCAACACCCAGUACUAGAUGCAAGUCACAUAAAAGUGUCCCCCCCCAGAACAGAAACAUCUUUUUCCUCCUCCCCAUCUUGCUUUACACCGAGUAAUGCUCUUUAAGUGUGUACAAAAACUAAACAGAUUUCUGCCCUCUAACAUCUUUCUAGUGCAUUACUUCAAAAUUCUAAUUUUGUCUCUAUCAAUGUCUUAUUAACAUCUGAAAAAAGAUAUAUAUUUAUUUUAUUGGAAAACUAUGGUUUGUUAGGCCUUGAGAGUUUCGUGACAGGUUUCUUUUGCGGUGUCUCACCACGACCACUGACUUCUUUAUGGCAUGCUUUGAUUACUAAACUUCAGGCAGUCUCUUUUGUUGUAUCAUAUUUACACACAAUUAGUGUUUUCCUUUCCAUGUGUACUAUGUGUCUGAGGUUUUGAAGUUUUUAAUAAAAAAUGUGCCAGUAUGAAUACAAGCAGUUGAUUUCAGUAAUUUGGACUUAAAGUGCAGAGGUUUGAAGUAGAGACGUGUCCACUGGUGUCAGAAUAGAGUGGAUGAGGGUCUGCAUCAGGACUGGAGUUCAUUAGGUCCAAUGCCAAAACAGAAGAGCAGUCAUCUGAAGUGGUCUGUUUCAAGAACAGAAUGGGUGGAAGAGUGAGACACAGUGGUUGUACACACCUCUCGUCUUUAGGUUUCCCUCUCUCUCUUUUCCUUCCAUCCCCAUCUUCUCUGGCCUAUUGUCAGUGUUGUUUAUUUAUGCUAUGGAGAGGAGAACAGAAGUAAGCUUCCUACACUUUGCCUAGUUGAGCCACUACUAGGUUUGCUGGCAGCUUUGGCCACAUUAUUUGUGAGGUGAUUUUCUUUCUUUGUGUUCAGAGUGACUUUUGAUUCUGAUUCUUUAUGUUGUUUUGUAUGGAGCGGCACUUUAUCUGUGUUUUAGCAGAACUGUUCCUCUGUACCCUGUACGGUUUUUGUUUCCUUUUUAAAUUAUGCAUAGAGUUUUUUGUGUGUGAAAUUAAAGCCUUUAUUAAUGUUG